AUGGAGGGAAGCCCUGAAGGUAUCAACACCGAAGACAUCGAGUUCGGACUCCGAGCAUGUUCGUCGGUGGUAGGAGUACACGAUCUGCACAUUUGGCCGCUGAGUGCUGGAUUAUCGUCACUGAGUGUGCAUAUCGUCGCGGACGAUGUCGAAGUCGCGCUGCAUGCAACCCAGCAUUAUCUUCUGUCGAAGGGUAUUACGCAUAGCACCAUCCAGACUGAGAAGACGUCAUCGUUAUACCCUCACAAUUGCGCUUCCGAUCUGAAGUGUGGUCAGGUUUUGGUAGCGGCAGCGCAAACCUUGGGCUAA